ACGGAGCUCUAUAUUUAAUUGUUUGAGGCAUACGAAGAGUCAUUAAUUCUGUUGGAAAUUUUAUUGCUUUGCCAUUUCCCAUUAUCAACCGCAAAAGAUGACAUUCACACCGCGUAAGAAAGAGAUCUUAAUCGACAUCCUAGUAAGACUUCCUGCAAAAUCACUCGUUCGAUUUCUGUUUACGUGCAAAGUAUGGAGUGAUUUGAUAAGCAGCUCGAGUUUUGUUAGCACACACCUAAACAGGAAUGUCACAAAACAUGCCCAUGUCUAUUUCCUUUGCUUCCACCACCCAAAUUUUGAAUGUUUGGUCGACCCUGAUGACCCAUGUUUUGAACAAGAACUUCAAUGGUCUCUUUUUUCUUACGAAACAUUUGAGCAGUGCUCCGAGUUAAGCCAUCCCUUAGGGAGCCCAGAACCUUAUCGGAUAUAUGGUUCAACCAACGGUUUAAUUUGCAUUUCGGAUGCGAUAUUGAGUUUGGAGAGUCCUAUACACAUAUGGAACCCAUCGGUCAGGAAACUUAGGACCCUCCCAAUGACCACCAACAACAUUGAAUUUAGCUACAUUGAUCUCCACUUCGGGUUCCACCCCGGAGUUAAUGACUACAAGGCUGUACGAAUGAUGGGUAUUGACAAAGAUGCCUUCGCGGUUGAGAUUUAUAGUCUUAGCACCGAUUCUUGGAAGCGGAUUGAAGUAAUUCCUCCUUGGUUAAAAUGCGAUUGGCAACAUUAUAAAGGGAUAUUUUUGAAUGGAGUAGUAUACCACUUAAUUGAGAAAGGUCCUACAUUCAGCCUUAUGUCAUUCGAUUCAGGCAACGCAGAAUUCGAAGAAUUCAUAACACCAGGUGCCAUUUGUCGUUCACGGGGGUUAUUUAUUGCCGUUUACAAGGAACAAAUUUGCUUGCUUUUUGACUUUUAUUGUUGUGAGGAGGAGGGCAUGGAAAAAAUUGACUUCUGGGUUCUAGAAGAAAAACAGUGGACACAAUUGGCUCCUUUUGUGUAUCCUUCGGACUCUUAUAAGAUAAUAGGGAUUAGUAUAGAUAAUGAACUCUUAUUGAGAAAACAUGAUUUCAGUAGUGUAGGCCUAGCAGAUUUGUAUUUGUGUAAUUAUGAAUCUAAGCAGGUCCGUCAAGCAGGAAUUAAGUUGGCCGUCAUGGAAUAUGGCCACCAUGAACUAUUUUUUGCAACUACUUACAUAGAAAGUUUGCUCUUUCUCAAUAAAUCAUUAAAGAGAGAUGUGUAACUUCUUGAGGGACAUGACCAGUUAGAUAUUUUAGAAGGUUGAGCGUUUGAGUUUUUUUUUUUUUUUUUCUUCAUUUUUUUUCUACUUUAUUUUGUUUUGUAUGAAAAAACAAAAGAUGUAUCGAACUGAGUUGAACAUGUUGUCAAUUUGAUACCUCA